AUGAGAAUACCAACGCGAAGAGGGCUGUCGGCCUUGUCAAGAGUAACUAGGGCUCCUGCUGAUAAGAUUCUAGGUUUAACAGAGAAGUUUAACGUUGACAGACAUCCAAACAAGAUAAAUCUGACCGUUGGGAUCUAUAAGGACAACCGGGGCCGUGUGACCACCUUCCCUAGUGUAGCUUCUGCCCAAUCAUUACUUGAGACGAGUCUCGAUCUGAAUAAUGAUUUAUCGUAUUUGCCUAUCACUGGGUCGCAGGAUUACCAAAACAAUGUGUUAAAUUUCUUGUAUCGAGAGUCAAGUGACGGGAGUGAAUUAUUGGAGAACAACAGAAUCACGUUUGUGCAAACUUUGAGUGGUACCGGUGCAUUAGCUGUAGCUUCAAAACUCUUGGCAACGUUUGUGUCGAAAACCGUAUGGAUACCAAAUCCAUCUUGGGCUAAUCAUUCGAACGUUUUCCAAUGGAACGGAUUCAAUCAGAUCAAAUAUUAUACGUACUACGAGGAUGGGAAAUUGAGUAUCGAUAAAUGGCUCAAGGAACUCAAGGAGAGUUGUAGUUCUAGGGACCCCGACUGGCCCCCCUCUAUAGUGUUACACGCUUGCUGUCAUAAUCCAACAGGAGUGGACCCUACGUUGGAACAAUGGCAACAGAUAUUGCCAGUGAUCCAUGAUUUAGGAAUAACUCCCAUAAUAGACAUGGCGUACCAAGGAAUGGAAUCAGGGAACCUUAUACAGGAUGCUUAUCUAUUAAGAAUGUGUCUAGAAUACGAAUGGCCCAACGGUCUAUUUGUGUGCCAAUCGUUUGCUAAGAACAUGGGCUUAUACGGUGAACGUGUAGGUUCGUUAAGUGUCGUUGUCCCACCAAAUCCCUUGGAUCUCAAAUCAACCAUCGACUCUCAACUAAAGAAGAUUGUAAGAGGUAUAUACUCUUCUCCACCGGGAUAUGGGUCUCGUGUAGCGAACUUGGUGCUAAGCAAUCCAAAAUUGAAGCAGCAAUGGUUCGUAGACGUUAAGAAUAUGUCUGAUAGACUAUGGAACGUUAGAAUUCAAAUGCAUGAGAGAUUGAAUUGGCCCAAUCUUGUUGAUUUUAAAACACAACAUGGGAUGUUUUAUUACACAGGGUUAAACCCAUAUCAGGUUCAAAUUCUGCAGGAGAGGUACGGUAUUUAUUUAACUGAAGACGGCAGGAUGUCGUUAUCUGGAGUUAACGACGGUAAUAUUGAUUAUUUAUGCGAUUCUUUGCGCCAAGUGGUUCAAUAA